GGAGUGGGCCUGCGGAGCUUCGUGGAGCAGCAGCACCUGGAGGGCUACGACCCCAACCUGGACGUCCUCCGGGUGACGGAGGAGAAGCUGCGGUGCCUGGCGGAGCUGCAGCAGGCCGUCCUGCAGUGCGCGGUGAGCUGCUGCCACGUGGUGCACGUGCUGAGCUGCGAGGAGGAAUUCCAGCAGCAGCAGAUGGAUCUGCUCUGGAGGAUUUUGGAUCCGGGAGCCCACACAGCUCUGCAGAAACACCUUGUCUGUGGACCAGUGAAGAUAGCAAAGCCCUCAUCCCCCAUUGGGGCAGACCAGUACUUCCAGCUCCGAAAGCGCCAGAUGUACGAAGCCUCUGUGAUGAAGUAUGGGGAACUCGCACAAGACGAGGCCUGGAAUGAGGUUAUCGAUGUCCUGACAGCGGCUGCCAUCAGGUUUGAGAUGCUGAGCACUGCCCACCGUAGUCAGAUCGUUCUGGACCUGGAGGACAGCAGCAUCUCCACAAAGGGAACCAAGAGCGGCGCCUUCGUGAUGUACAACUGUGCCCGGCUGGCCACGCUCUUCGACACCUACCAGCGGGCUGUGGAGCGGGGCACAUACCCACCCUUGCCGCCAGCAUCAGAACUGAACUUCUCCUGCCUCCGGGAAGAGGGCGAAUGGCUCCUGCUCUUCAACUAUCUCCUGCCCUUCCCCGAAGUCUUGCAGCAGGCAGCACAGCUGCCCUCACCCAGCAAGGGGAUCCGGAUCACAGCCAGCGCAGAGACGGUGUGCAAGUUCCUGAUCCAGCUCAGCAUGGAUUUCAGCUCCUACUACAACCGUGUCCACAUCCUGGGGGAGCCAUUCCCUCACCUGUUUGACCAGACAGGCCUGCCAGCCGGGGCCGGGGAGAUGACAGCAUCUCUGGCAGCCAGGCUGCGGGACGCGGCGGAUGAGGCGAGGAAGCGCCAGCGCCCAGGGCACCCACAAUAG